UCUCGACGUCUCGUUAGGGUUUUUUCUCAGGCAGCCGCAGCCCCGACCGACGCCCGAAGACACCAGGCUCCGCCGCGCCGCCGCUCCACCUCCAGCAGCAGCCAUGGCCGUGGGGAAGAACAAGAGGAUCUCCAAGGGGAGGAAGGGGAGCAAGAAGAAGAUCGUCGACCCGUUCACGAAGAAGGAGUGGUACGACAUCAAGGCUCCGUUGCUGUUCAGCACGCGCAACGUAGGGAAAACACUCGUCUCAAGGACACAGGGCACAAAGAUUGCUUCUGAGGGUCUGAAGCACAGGGUUUUUGAGGUGUCCCUAGCCGAUCUUCAGGCUGAUGAGGAUCAAGCUUUCAGGAAGAUCAGACUCCGUGCGGAGGAUGUGCAAGGGAGGAAUGUCCUCACAAACUUCUGGGGCAUGGAUUUCACCACUGAUAAGCUCAGAUCGCUUGUGAGGAAAUGGCAGACCCUCAUCGAAGCUCAUGUUGAUGUUAAGACUACCGACAACUAUAUGCUGAGAAUGUUCUGCAUUGGUUUUACGAAGAGGCGGCCCAACCAAGUGAAGCGUACCUGCUAUGCGCAGAGCUCUCAGAUUCGACAGAUCCGCCGGAAGAUGGUUGAGAUUAUGGCCAACCAGGCUACAAGCUGUGACCUUAAGGAACUUGUUCAAAAAUUUAUUCCGGAGGUGAUUGGGAAGGAAAUUGAGAAGGCGACAUCCAGCAUUUUCCCUCUGCAGAACGUGUAUGUACGCAAGGUUAAGAUAUUGAAGGCACCGAAAUUUGACCUUGGGAAACUCAUGGAGGUUCACGGGGAUUAUAAAGAGGAUGUUGGGAUGAAGGUGGACAGACCUGCUGAUGGAGAUGAAGCUGUCCCUGGAGCGGAGGAGGUUGCUGCAGCUGCCGAGUAGAGAAUUGCGUGUGAACAUCCUAGUCAGUUUCUGGGAUCGCGAGUACUUUUUUGUCUACAUUCAUGGCCUGUUUUGUGUUCUUCUGGAUCUAGUUAUGGCUGUUUAAACUAAAUAUUUAGUUACCUAAUGCAUGAGUACCAAAUUUUGCGUUUGUUUCUAGUA